UGAAGAUGACGUACCCGGAAGUAGAGUGUGCCUGAUGAGUGAAAACAGAGAGACGUUAAAGCUGUAAUUAGAGUCGCGUUGUUUUAUUAAACAAAGUGUUUUAUUUAUUAAUAAAGUCAGAAUUAAAUAAGACGGAAUUUCAUCUUUCACUGGGCUUCUGUUAGAAUUUGUCCGGAAGAGAGAGUGAGAUGUCCGGAAGCUUCUACUUCGUGAUGGUGGGUCACCAUGACAACCCGGUGUUUGAGAUGGAGUUCCUGCCUCCUGGGAAACCUGAAUCCAAGGACGAUCAUCGCCACCUGAACCAGUUUAUCGCUCACGCUGCGCUCGACCUGGUGGAUGAGAACAUGUGGCUGUCCAACAACAUGUACCUGAAAACAGUGGACAAGUUCAACGAGUGGUUUGUGUCGGCCUUCGUCACAGCAGGUCAUAUGAGGUUCAUCAUGCUUCAUGACGUCAGACAAGAAGACGGGAUCAAAAACUUCUUUAACGACGUUUAUGAUUUAUACAUCAAGUUUGUGAUGAACCCUUUCUAUGAAGUGAACACUCCGAUUCGCUCCACAGCCUUCGAGCGUAAAGUGCAGUUUCUGGGCAAGAAGCAUCUCCUGAGCUGAUGGGAAAAGUUUCAACCGAAUCUAAAACUGAUUGUAAUGUAAAAUAAAUAAAUAAAUGACUUUUACUCGUCUGUUCACUGUUCUCUCUCUCUCUCUCUCUCUCUCUCUCUCUCUCUCUCUCUCUCGGUGUGUGUGUGUGUGUGUGUUUAAACCUUCAGUCUGUGAACACUUGUUUUCUUGUUUGUUUUAAUGUUCUGAUGUUAUCACGCUGUUUAUAUCUCAGUUUAAUAAUGAAAAUAAAACGUGUCAGUAGG